ACGAGCUUACCCGUGAGCGCGCCUCCGAGAAGUUAAAACAGCUGUCUAGCUGCAGAUCACGGCACGGGACCACAGAGAUAAUGCUGUUGUUAUGCUUUGUUCUGAGAGCAAAGAGUCCAAGGAAGUAGUUUUGUAUUGUUUAUUCUCCUGCUCUACACUGUAAAGUGUUUUCCAACAAGAAGUCGCGGAUUCAUGAUUUGUUUUUGUACAGAACCGAGGAUUAGGAUACUGACGGGGUCUCGAGUUCUCGGAUGAGAUUUUAGGGGUCCAGAAGCACUUUUUGUAAUAAGGAAUGGCCACGGCACGGCUGGACUAUAUCGCUCCAUGGUGGACCUACUGGCUGCACAAUUUCCCCCACUUCAACUUCACCUUCCAGCCCGUUGAUAACACCUUCAGACCCGGGGAGACGAGCUACCAGCAGUCUCUGGUCUUCCUAGCCUGUAUAUCAGCUGUUGGACUAGUCCUGAGCCUCCUGCUGCUGUCUGUCUACCUGACCAGUGUGUGCUGCUGCAGGAAGGAGGAGGAGGAGGAGACCAAGAGGCCUGACUCCUGCUGUGUCUCCUGGACCGCUGUCAUCACUGGACUCAUCCUAUGCUCUGCUGUUGGAGUGGGUUUCUAUGGUAACAGUCAGACCAAUGACGGGGUGUACCAGCUGACCUACUCCCUCCACAAUGCCAACCACACUCUGGGUGGCAUCAACGGCUUGGUCUCCAAUUCUCUGGGCAGUAUGGAGGUGGGUAUGAAGCAGCACCUGAAUCGUCUGGAUGAGAUCUUUGCGACGCAGGGAGACUAUGUCCAGGCCUUGAGGUUCAUGGGUCAGAUGGCUGACAACAUCAUCAGACAGCUGACCGCCAUGCCGGACCUCAGCAAGGCCAAGGUGGACCUGUCGGCCAUCGCUGAUCAGACAGAUUACGUAGAGUACUACAGGUGGCUGACCUACCUGUUACUGCUGAUCCUAGAUCUGGUUAUAUGCCUGGUGGCCUGUCUGGGGGUGGCAAAGCAGUCCCGGUGGCUACUCACCAUGAUCAUGGUGUUUGGGGUGAUAUCUCUGGUCCUGAGCUGGGGAACACUUGGAGCAGGCACUGCUACUAGUGUGGGCACCAGUGACUUCUGUGUGUCUCCAGACAAGUUCAUAGCAAACAGGACCAAGGAGUUCCUCAGUGCAGAAGUGACACACUACUACCUGUAUUGCAGUCAGAGUCUACCCAACCCUUUCCAACAGUCUCUGACUAUCUUCCAGAGGUCUCUAACCACCAUGCAGAUCCAGAUACAAGGACUACUGCAGUUCUCUGUACCUGUCUUCCCUACUGCUGAGAGAGACCUUCUGGGCAUCCAGCGCCUGCUGAACUCUACAGAGUUCAACCUGAACCAGUUAACAGCCCUGCUAGACUGCAGGGGGCUCCAUAAGAACUACCUGGAUGGUCUGAUGGGGGUGUGUUAUGACGGGGUGGAGGGUCUCCUCUACCUCUGCCUCUUCUCUCUGCUGUCGGUCAGUGCCUUCUGUGUCAUGCUGUGUGCCAUCCCCCGGGCAUGGACCCUCAUCACCAGCAGGGACAGGGACUAUGACGACAUCGACGAGGAGGAUCCGUUUAACCCCCAGGCCCGUCAUAUGGCCUUCAACCCCAGUAGAGCCAGCCAUGUACACAGCUUCUGUAGCUUCAGCAGCAGUCUGGACAGCCAGGCCAGUCCACACCCUCCACCACAGACUGCCGCCAUCCUCCCCACCUCAGAGUACAUGAAUCAGUCCAUGCUGUUUGGAGGGAACCCUCGUUAUGAGAACGUUCCUCUGAUCGGGAGGGGAUCCCCGCCACCCUCGUAUUCUCCCAGAAUGAGAACCACCUACCUGUCUAUGACUGAGGCACAGAUCAGACACUUUGGGACAAACUUCCAGCAGGUAUAGCCCCCAACUAUGGCCUACUGGUCCCCCUCAGGAAGGGUCUGUCUGGGACUACCACUGUACUGAGGAAGCAGAGUUUACAGAUAACCCUGUCCAUGGAUGUCUCACCCUGCUCUCCUGGCCAUCUGUUACUUAAAUGCAGGAGGUGUGGGGUCAUCAACAGCUCAGGAACACACUGACGCUCUCAAAGUCCUGUACUGUACGUGUAGAAACCAGGAGACUACAUAGAACCCUGAGUGUAAAGUGCACACUUCAGUUAUGUGUUUUCUUCAAAUGUGAGUGUCCGUCUCGAGCCAGAUCAGAAGACAUGAUUGUUAUGGACCAAGUUGAACAUUUAUAUUUUUUUCCUGCGAGUGAUGUCACCUUCGGUGGAUUUCAGGGGACAACAAACCAGAUUGAUUUCCUUCACAGCCAUAGACUGUUAAAUGGUUAUUACAUGAACUCUCUUCAAUCUUCCCCAACCUGGCAUCACUAUUACAAAGUGUCAUCUAACCAGUCUGGCAUGCAGCUCCUCUUACACUUGACUACACAGCUCUUACACAUUUGACACAACCCAAAGUCUUCAUAAUGUCUUCCCUCAGAAUGAUGAGUCAAACUUGAUGAAAACAGAUACUGUAUUGUCACUUAUCUUUCAGGUUAUUCAUUGAUGUCAAGGAAUGGCAAAUAUAAUGGACUUAUUUUUAAAUGUGACUGGAAAACAGAUCAUGUUCAUGUGAUGUCUAUACUUUUAGAGAAAAGGGUGCUGUCUAGAACCUAAAAGAAAAGGGUGCUGUCUAGAACCUAAAAGAAAAGGGUGCUGUCUAGAACCUAAAAGAAAAGGGUGCUGUCUAGAACCUAAAAGAAAAGGGUGCUGUCUAGAACCUAAAAGAAAAGGGUGCUGUCUAGAACCUAAAAGGGUUCUUUGGCUGUCCACAUAGGAGAGCCCUUUGAAUAACCCUUUUUGGUUCCAGGUAGAACCUUUUGAUGUUCCAUGUAGAACCUUUUGGGGUUCCAUGUAGAACCCUUUCCACAGAGGGUUCUACAUGGAACUCAAAAGUGUUCUACCUGGAACCGAAAAUGGUUCUACCUGGAACCGAAAGGGAUUCUCCUAUGGGGACAGCCGAAGAACCCUUCUAGAACCCUGUUUUCUAAUAUAUGUAUGUGUAAGGGGGACUGAGGAGAAAGGAUGCAUGACGAUGUUUCUAAAGCCUUUAUUUCCUCUGACCUGUUUCUCUCUGUUCUCCUAUGCUGUGUCAUCCUGCAUGCUGUGUCCUGCUCAAGUCUAGCCUGGAUUCCCGACUGAAUAUCAGUCCGUUUCAUUAUUGUGUCAGUGAAUCAUUGAAAGGAAUAAAACAAAGCGAUAUUCA